AGCAGUGAGAGGAGCAGGGCCAAGGAGAGGGCAAGGUAGAGGUGUAAGAAUGCGUGGUGGUGGCAUUCCAAGGGCUGCAAGAACAGUGGUCAGUGAUGAAAUUCGUGCCACUAUCAUUAAGCAUGUAAUCAACCAUGGUCUUUCACUAAGAGAGGCUGGUGAAAGAGUGCAGCCCAAUUUGAGGCGGUCAACGGUUGCCUCCAUUAUACGCAUCUUUCAACAAACCAACAGGUAAGUAUUACAUUUUACAUGGAUUGUUUCUGUUCUCACUUGACUUGUCAAUAAGGUCAUACAGUAAUGCAUAUGUUUUUUUGUUUUUUUUUGUCCCUCUAAAGAAUGCAACGUCUUCCACCCUCUGGGGGAAGAGGAAAGCUCCUAAAUAAUGAUCAAGAGCUUGCCAUUGUAGAAAUGGUUGUUGCAAAUAAUGCAAUAAAACUGCAUGAAAUUCAAACUAGAAUUGUAGAGGACCAUGAGAUAUUUGACAAUAUCGAUAGCAUCAGCCUCACAACGAUUACGCGGACAUUGUCCAAACACAGAGUGCGGAUGAAGCAGCUUUACACUGUUCCCUUUGAGAGGAACAGUGAGAGAGUCAAGGAGCUACGACAACAAUAUGUCCAGAGAGUUAUGGAAUCGGAGGCCAAUCAGGCCCCUCAUGAAUUCAUAUACAUAGAUGAGGCAGGAUUCAAUCUGGCCAAAAGGCGUCGACGUGGACGAAAUGUAAUUGGGAAAAGGGCCACAGCUGAUGUGCCAGGACAGAGAGGGGCAAACAUUACCAUGUGUGCAGCAAUUGCAAAUGCAGGAUUACUCCUUCACAGAUGUCAGGUUGGACCCUAUAAUACAGAGCGCCUCCUUGUCUUUCUCAAUGAUCUCCACCAGCACCUGGUUUCAGAGCAUGAUCAGGAGGGUGAAAACAUGAGGACCUUUGUAAUUACCUGGGACAAUGUGGCUUUCCAUCAUUCGCAAGCAAUAACAACAUGGUUUGAAGUCCACCCAAGACUGAUAUGUGUCUUCCUUCCACCCUAUUCACCUUUCCUCAACCCCAUAGAGGAGUUCUUUUCUGCAUGGAGGUGGAAGGUUUAUGACCAUCAGCCACAUGACCAGAUGUCCCUCCUUGAAGCCAUGGAUGCUGGCUGCAGGGACAUCACCAUUCAUGAUUGCCAAGGGUGGAUCCGACAUACCAAGCGGUUUUAUCCCAGGUGCAUCGCCUUGGAUAAUAUCAGAUGUGAUGUUGAUGAAAAUAUGUGGCCUAACCCUGAAGAUCGCAGAGAUUAAAUACA